AUGUUCAACACAUUAUCUUUGUUUUUGAGAAAUAACAUUUUCAGCCAGUUUUCUAAACUCAAAGGAAAUUCUUAUUUUUCGACAAAUGCUUUUAGAGCAUCUCUCAUCGGUACACAUUCUAAUUUCAAUAUUCCGACUUUUUUAAGGCUUCAAACCCCGUUAUAUUAUGAUAAGAGGAGCAUAGUAAUUAAUAAACCUAGGCGCCAAAUAGGCCAUAAAUUCGUUAUUGGCAAACAUAAAAGAGCAAAAGUAAACCCACCUAGGGUUCCAAUUCAUCCAAAUAAAGAUGUUGAUAAAGAUAUGAACCUUUUUGAAACAUACAGAGACUUAAAAUUGAGAUGGAAAAGAACAACAAGGUCUAGGAAAAAUAGGCUCAGAAUAGCAAGGAAGUGGAGACAACCUUACUACUUCAAUCCAACAAAUCAGCCAACAUGUAUGUUCGUUCUCCACGAAAACCUUCCGAGAACAAGAACAGAUAAACCUCCAGAAAUGAACCAUGAUAAGGAAUAUGUGCCGGGGAAAAUUGAGCUUGACGAGUCCCAUAAUUUUCAAGUUUAUCCACCAGACUCGGUUGUCCAGGAUAUAAAAAACCUCAAAACUGAAACUUUUUGUAUAUUCAAAUCUAGCCCACUUCACCAACACAAGGUCACAAAAGGAGACGUGGUUCAAAUUGAAAGACUAAAGCGCAAGAAUGCAGGGGACAAGGUGACAUUUGGAACUGUGCUAUUAGUUGGCUCAAAGUACUGGACAAUAAUUGGAAAACCAACGGUACCUUAUGCUAAAGUACAUGCUACAAUUGAGCAACAGACUCUUUGUGGAGAACAAUUGAGUUUCAGAUACAGGAAAUCCAGGAGAAUUUCAAAAUUUUUAAGGGUUCGUCAUUGGGUAACUGUUUUGAGGAUCGAUGAUAUCGUAGUGGAUCCUUCAAUUGAGAUCAACACUGAACACAAACCAUCAAGGUUACUUGACCUCUGGUCGAACAGAUGGCUAUACACUGAGGAGCUGGAAGAUAUUGAUAAAACCAAAAGUGAAUCAGAACAAAUUUAUGAUGGUCUUGAACACGAAACUGGAUACUAUAACAAGCUUGGAUUGACUGAAUCGUACAGGUGGUAUCCUGACCCUUACUCCAAGUAUAAAUGGAAAUAA